CGUGUGAAAGAAGGCGGGGCUUGGCGGCCGCGGAAGAAAGAGCCAAAGGGAGGAGGCGGCGAGGCGUCCUUCCUUUUCCGGCCGGGGCCGAGUUGGAGUGAGAGGGCAGCGAGAGGGGCUCCUCCGCUGGUGGCAGAGCGGCGCCGCCAUGGCUUGUACUCGUCCAUUAGUGUCUGUAUACUCCGAAAAGGGAGAAGUGUCUGGUAAAAAUGUCACCAUGCCUGCUGUGUUCAAGGCUCCCAUUCGCCCAGAUAUUGUGAAUUUUGUUCACACCAAUUUGCGAAAGAACAACAGGCAGCCCUACGCUGUCAGUGAACUUGCAGGGCAUCAGACCAGUGCUGAAUCCUGGGGUACAGGAAGAGCAGUUGCUCGUAUCCCAAGGGUUCGUGGAGGUGGAACUCAUCGAUCCGGCCAGGGUGCUUUUGGCAACAUGUGUCGUGGAGGCCGCAUGUUUGCUCCAACCAAGACGUGGCGCCGCUGGCACCGAAGGGUGAACACAACUCAGAAGCGCUAUGCCAUCUGCUCGGCGCUGGCGGCUUCAGCCCUCCCGGCACUGGUGAUGUCUAAAGGCCACCGCAUUGAAGAGGUCCCAGAACUUCCCUUGGUAGUUGAAGACAAAGUUGAGGGUUACAAGAAAACUAAAGAAGCUGUUUUACUGCUCAAGAAGCUUAAAGCCUGGAAUGAUAUUAAAAAGGUUUAUGCCUCUCAGCGUAUGCGUGCAGGCAAGGGUAAAAUGAGGAACCGCCGUCGCAUCCAGCGCAGGGGACCUUGCAUCAUCUACAAUGAGGACAAUGGCAUCAUAAAAGCUUUCAGGAAUAUCCCAGGAAUUACUCUUCUCAACGUCAACAAGCUGAACCUCUUGAGACUUGCUCCUGGUGGCCAUGUUGGGCGUUUCUGCAUUUGGACUGAAAGUGCUUUCCGUAAGCUGGAUGACUUGUAUGGAACUUGGCGCAAGGCGGCCAUCCUGAAGAGCAACUACAACUUGCCACUGCACAAAAUGACCAAUACCGAUCUUGGAAGGAUCCUGAAAAGCCAAGAGAUACAGAAGGCCCUUCGUGCACCAAAGAAAAAGAUUCACCGCAGAGUUCUUAAGAAGAAUCCACUGAAGAAUCUAAGAGUUAUGAUUAAACUGAAUCCAUAUGCCAAGACUAUGAGACGCAACACCAUUCUGCGCCAUGCUAAAAAUCACAAGCUCAGAGAAGAGAAAGCAGCAAAGGGGAAAGCAAAGGUUGAAGCUGCUGCUGCCGCCGCCGCAGCAAAGCGUAAGCCUGCAGCGUAGAUAUGGCAAGAUUCAGCGCUUGGCCUGCUUCAGUGCUGAAAAGGGCUGUACUGUGCAUUACAGUUAAUAAAAAACAAAUCUCUCGA